UGGGGUUUAGCCAAUCGGGCUAGACAAGGAAGUCCCGAGUCAGUACUUGCACCUCUGGUAUUUCAGCCGUGGGUUCCUCUGCGCCGGGUUGCCUACCCUUCGGGGGUCCUGGUUGCUUGCUGGUCUUCCCACAAGCCCCAGGUGUCCGGUCCCUGAGGUCAUGAGGCGGCAGUGGGGGCCCACCAUGAGGGUAGCCGAGCAGGCAGGCUGCGUGGUGAGCGCCUCUCGGGCCGAGCAGCCCGAGGCGGGCUUGUGGAGCUGCAGCGGGGUCAUCCUGAGCCGCAACCCGGUCCUGGUGCUGUGCCACGGGGGGAUCUUCACCCCAUUCCUGCGCGGGGGCAGUGGGACUCUCACUGCGGCCGGCGCCACCUUCCUGCCCGGCGACAGUUGCGGCGACGACCUGCGCCUGCACGUGCAGUGGGGGCCAACGGCCGCGAGUCCCGCGGGCCGCUCGGAGCAGGGCCGUCCCGGGCUGUUCACGCCCAGCUGUGCCGACCUCGAGCCCUGCCCGGCUGCCCAGCCCCGCGGGCGACUCCUGCAGACCCCGCGCGCGGCUGAGCUGCUGCUGCUCCUGAGCUGCCCGGCCUUCAGGGCCCACUUCGCGCGCCUCUUCGGGAGCGAGGCUGCCGAGCAGUGGCGCUUCGCCAGCGCGGCGCCGGAGGAGGAGGUGUCGGGGGACGAGGAGGAGGACCAGCUGCGGGCGCUGGGCUGGUUCGCGCUGCUGCGCGUGCAGCCCUGCGGGGAGGCGGCGGCGAAGGCGGAGGCAGAGGCGGCUCAUGGGCCAGCCAUGACCGUGGCGCCCCUUGGGGCCGUGGCCAAGGGAACGCCGCUGCUGGCUUGCGGCUCCCCGUUCGGGGCCUUCUGCCCAGACAUCUUCCUCAACACGCUGAGCCGCGGUGUGCUUAGCAAUGCCGCAGGCCCGCUCCUGCUCACGGAUGCGCGCUGCCUGCCCGGCACCGAGGGCGGCGGCGUAUUCGCUGCGCGGCCUGCGGGGUCGCUGGUGGCGCUGGUGGCCGCGCCGCUGUGUUGGAAAGCUCGCGAGUGGGUAGGCCUCACGCUGCUCUGUGCCGCGGGUCCACUGCUCCGCGCCGCCCGCGCCGCGCUUGCCCACCUGCCAGACAUCGCCGCCUUGGCCGCUCUGCUGCCAACCGAGGUGGGCUCCCCGCGGAGCCUGCCUCUUCGAGGACUCAGUCCCCCUUGGGCAGCCGCAGCCGUGCUGGUGGAGUUCGGCAGCGUGUGGGGUUCCGGAGUGGCCAUGGCUCCCCGCCUUGUGGUGACCUGCCGGCAUGUGGCCCCUCGAGAGGCAGCCAAGGUUUUGGUGCAUUCCGCCAACCCAAAGCUUCAGGAGCUUGAUCAGGCCAAGCUAAGCAGAAGAGCAUGUGGUAUUAAUGCCCAGCCUUUCCCUUCCCAAGUUCAGCUCAGCCUGCAUCUAAAGCCUUUGGGAAUUCCUCUUAGCCCAGCUUUGCCACAGCGCUCCCCACUGGUGACUGGCAGGAGUGUGGCGAUUUGGGGACAUGUGGUGUUUGCUACCCAGGAGGCAUCUCCGUAUGACAUAGCAGUGGUGAGCCUGGAAGAAGACCUGGAUGGUGUCCCUAUACCUAAGCCUGUAGAGCACUUCCAUGAAGGUACAGCUGUCAUUGUGGUGGGCUUUGGUGUCUUCGGCCAAGCCUGUGGGCCCUCGGUGACCUCGGGCAUCCUGUCAGCUGUGGUGCAGGUGGACAACACGCCAGUGAUGCUGCAGACCACAUGUGCCGUGCAUGGUGGCUCCAGUGGGGGACCCCUCUUCUCCACCCACUCGGGGGACCUCCUGGGAAUCAAGAACUGAUGGAUUCCAGAGCCAGGACAUGACAUAGCCAAGAUGAGCCAAACGUAUCAUGUCCAGAGAAGACGUGCUCCCAACACAAAUGAUGGGGACUUAAGUGUGGACAAGACCAGCAACCAGCCUCUAGGAGGCCCCACCAGAACAUGCAGAAGAACGUAAACAAAUAGCAACAAUUUGCUAUAAACGCUAAUCCAAAGAAAAGGAGUAUCCAUGAGUCUGUCCUGAUAUAAAUGAUUGAAUAAGUUUAGAAGUAGAGAAAAACUGUAGCUCUUUACAGAAAUCUAAUCAGUAAAUGUGGAAUGAGGGAAAUAGGAAGUCACUAUUGAGACACUGCAGUAAACAGUGGUGGUUCACACCUGUGAGUAAGCCCAGCACUCUGGGAGACAAGGCAAGCAGGAUCACAAGUUUAAACCCACCUUGGGCGACUUAGACUCUGUCUCAAAAAUAAAAAUGGGGCUACUGGGGACCUGGCCAAUCCUCCAAAUGAGUAUAUGGCAAAGGGUUAAAAUAAAUGAGACAAGUGAUAUGAUUUUAGGGCUCAAGGAGGAUCAAAACCCUCUGCAGAGAUUGAGAGUCUGGGGGCUAAGACAAGGAAUGUCUCUAGGUGGCCCAUAUGUUUUUAGUUUUUCAAACAAGGAAGGGGUUAGAGUGGAAAACACAGGAAACUGAACGACCUUGGGAGUGGUUCAAGGACUUUGACAAGUAACAGAUUAUGUUUCAUUUAGGAGAACUAUUUUAUGUUAAUUUCAGAGAAGUAUCUUAGGAGAAGAUCUCCAUGUUGUAUUUCACUACAGGAGUGAAGUGCCUGCAGCUACAGUCUUUAUUUAGUUAAUUGCAGUUGGGGCCAGGUGUCCUCAGCUGUGACCUUAUCUUGUCCUUUGUGGUGUCUUUGUUCUUGGGCUGGCCAUGCCUCACUCCUGUACAUGUGGUCAGUUUCCAGCUUCAAUGGCUCCCAACUGGGGCUGAGAAUGUAGCUCAUUAAAAGCUCCCGAGUUUGCAGUAGCAGUUGUUACAAAUAGGUUCUAAAUGGGUGGAUACUAAAUUUAGUGUGCAAAAUUUUAAUAGAAACAGUAUUUGUAUAACCUCCGAAUUUUCCCCCUAAAAGCCAGAUAUGGUGGCAUAUACUUAUAAUCCCAGUGCUCAAGAGGCUGAGACAAGAAGAUUGCUAGGAGUUCAAGACCAGCCUGUUUCAAAAACAAACAAAAUAAGAACCGUGUAUAAGGGCUGGGAAUGUGGUUCAGUGGUAGAGCACUUGCCCACCUUGCACAAGGUCCUAAAUUCAUGAUACCUGGGCCAGUAAAAGGACAAAUACUAUGUAUAGACAUCAGAUACUUCUGAAUAGAGGGAAGGACUCAUUGCUUCUGUGGAGUUCUUCUCAAUACAGAAUUUAGUCCAGUCAUGAGAAAACAUGAGAUAACUCCACAUUGAGGACCUUCCAACAAAAACAGCUGAUCUCUGCUCUUCAAACUGUAAAGAGCACAAACAGAAAAGGCUGGGAACCAACUCAGGUCACAGGCGAUUUAGGGAGCCAUGACAAUUAAUGCACUAUUGAGUCCUGGAAAAGAACAAAGACAAUAGUCAGGAAAAACGAGUGAAAGCCGAAAGAUUUCCACAGUAUUAACGUUCCAAAGUUAAUUUCUUGAUUUUGAUAAAUAUUUUAUGAUGUAAGAUAUCUGCAUGGGGAAAGUCAACUGAGAGGAACACAGAAACUGUCCUUUUGAGGCAAAGCUUCUGCAGGGGUAACAUUAAAGAAUAGACAAGCCA